AUGCAAAUUCUUACGAUAGACAGUAUCAAGCUAUACGUAAGAUAUAUUGAUGAUGUGUUUCUAGUGUGGCGAGGAUCAGAGGAAUCUUUGAAGAAAUGGGUUGAUACUCUUAACAAUAUUGACUCUACUAUUCGCUUUAAGUACUCCUGUGAUAGUAGAAGUAUACCCUUUUUGGACUUAAAUAUCACAAUUUCCACUGAUGAUGAGGGUUGUAAAUUUUCCACCUCAUUAUACUCAAAGCCUACUGAUAAAAACUCCUUACUGCUGUCCACAAGCUACCAUCCGGGACAUCAAAAAAGAGGGGUUGUCUGCUCUCAGCUCACGCGAGUGGUUCGCAAUAAUACACUGCCGGAGACAAGAAGGAUCCAAGAGGAAGAAAUGGUCAAUAAACUGGAACAGCGAGGGUAUGGACGAAAAUUGAUUAAAAAGGUACAUACUGAAUUGGCACAACAAGAUCAAAAGUCACUGCUUCUGCCUCAGGGUGUGAAGAAAAAUGUGGAAGAUGUAAGUGAUAACAUCAAUUUUGUAACAACGUUCAACCCCAUAUCCAAGAUUUUGGCAGAGUCGGUAAAGAAGAACUGGGAAAUUGUGAGCUCAGACAAGACUUUACCCUUUACACGUAUGAAAGCCCCACGGAUGGUAUACAAAAGAGCACCCAAUUUAAAGGAUAUUUUGGUCCACAAUGACCCAACAAAGUGUUACGAGAAGGGGACAUGGUUGGAUGCAAAAAGGAAACUGGGAUGCUACAGGUGUGGGGACUGCACUACGUGUAAUAAUACCCAAACUGCUCUGGACUCAAUUAACCAAACAGCAAUAACUGAAUUUGUCCUGCUUGGCCUGACUGAUGAUGUGAAUCUAUUUGUGAUGUUUUUAAUAUUCUUUCAAGUGACCCUUACUGGAAAUCUAUCAAUUCUUCUAUUCAUUAUUUUAGAUGCACAUCUUCACACACCUAUGUAUUUUUUCUUGGGAAAUCUAUCGUUUUGUGAUAUUUGCUUCUCUUCUGUUACCGUGCCAAAAAUGCUAUAUGAUUUCAUAUUUCUCCAGAAGACCAUUUCAUUUUGUGGUUGCAUCUCUCAAAUACACUUUUUUCACUUAUUUGGAAGUGCAGAAGCAACUCUUGUCACUGUGAUGUCUUAUGACCGCUAUAUUGCAAUUAUUAACCCUUUACGCUACACCCUCAUAAUGAAUACUAAGGUUUGUAUCAUCCUGGCUUUUGGAUCUUGGCUAACAGGGUUUUUGCACUCUUUACUACACACUAUACUAACCGCAAAGCUUCCAUUUUGUGGCCCUAAUCUAGUUAAUCAUUUCUUUUGUGAUGUUAAGCCGGUAUUAAAGUUGGCCUGUACUGACACAAGUCUCAAUUUAAAGCUUGUUACAAUGAUAACUGGAUAUUUAGCAACUGCGUCCUUUCUUUUAACACUUUUCCCUUACAUUAUAAUUAUAAGAUAUGUGUUGAAAAUAAAUACGGUAGAGGGCAGAAAUCGUGCAUUUUCUACCUGCAGUGCCCAUUUCACCGUAGUUCUUCUGCUUUAUGGGACUGCUAUGUUCACAUAUUUGAGAUCUACAACUCAAGACUCAUUAAAUCAAGACAGAGCGGCUGCAGUGCUGUUUACUGUGAUAACCCCAGCACUAAACCCCAUCAUUUAUACCUUAAGAAAUAAGGAAAUGAAGAGAGCAAUCAAAAGGGUUUUACACUAUGCAAAACUAUAA